AUGCCAACCCCAAUCACUGAUACUGCCUCCUCCGAAACCGACCGAGCUCGCCACCUAUGGCGCUCCUGCCUCGCCUCCGCAUUCCGAACAGCGCUAGCCUGCGCCAUCGUGGGCUGCGCCACCCUCUACGCCCCCUCUCCCCUCCGCCGCACCUUAGCCUUCCCCGCCUUUUCCUACGUCACCGUCAUUCUUCUCGUCACUACCAACGCGGCGCUCGGUGACGCCCUCCGCGGCUGCUGGCACGCCUUCUACGCCACCGUCCAGGGCGCGGGUCUCGCCGCGCUCAGCCUUUGGGUCAUCGGACCGACGCGGCUCUCGAACGGCACCGUCGCGCUCGCGGCGGCGGUCAGCGCGUUUGCAGUGGCGCUGCCCGAGUGGAACCACCUGGUGUCGAAGCGCAUAGCGCUGGGUCAGAUCGUUAUAGUGUAUGUUGUGGCUUUCAUCGACGGCGGCGAGAGCACGGAGGGUGUGCUGCACUCCGUGCAUGUGGCGGCGAGUACGGCGGUUGGGGUGGCGGCUUGUGUGCUGGCUUUAUUAUUUCCGUACCCAAGGCUGGCUUGUUACGAGGUAAAAGAGAUCUGCAAACAAUUUGCAGGGAAUGCUUCGGAGAGGCUAAAGCUCUUCGUGAAAGCAUUCUGUGCAAAAAACCACGCUGCCGCACUUGAAUCCCUCUCCCACGCCAAGUCCCUGGCUGUUAUCGGAAGCAAACUCCUCCAACGCAUCAAACUCAAGCAAGAAGGCAUGCAGUGGGAGAGAGUUCCAUUCAAAAUUUCAAGACCCCAUUGCAGGGACCCAGGAGAUCGGCUGGAGGAGGAAGUUGAAAUGCUUCUCAGAGGAAUGGAAAUUGCUCUCACCAGUUCUUCUUUUCCUGUUGAAUUGAAAAAUCAAGAUCUUAAAAAUGCUUUGCUUGAACUAGAGAACGACCUUCAUGACCUAACCCUAAAACAAGUCAAAAGCUACAUUCUUCCUAAUUCACAAACACCAACGGUCCCAGAGUUCUCAUAUGCACAAAAUGUAACACAGUUCCUCCAGAGCCUUCAAACCUUCUCUCCAACCCCCAAGGACUUACCCUCACUUUUCUUCUUGUUUUGCUUCAAACUCCUUCACUGCAGAUCAAAGGCUGCUGCACAGGAUGACAACUCUCUUCAAAAAAUUGAAGCAUCAACUGGCAGCUCACAUAAACAUGAUCACCAGGAACACUCCUUCAAAUGGGAUUGGAGCAUUUGCAACAUGGAAGGGAGGAGAAAGAGGUUAAUGCCAGCAUUCAAGUGCUCACUGUCUUUAGGCCUUGCAGUACUACUUGGGUUAAUGUAUAGCAAGGAAAAUGGGUACUGGUCUGGACUCCCCCUUGCCAUAGGCCUAACUUCGGCUAGAGAAGCAACAUUUAAGAUUGCAAAUGUUAAGGCACAGGGGACAGUGAUUGGAACUGUGUAUGGAGAAUUGGGUUGCUUUCUCUUCGGAAAGUUUUCGCAACUCAGGUUCCUGUCUCUUCUUCCUUGGUUCAUUUUUACCAGUUUUCUCCAGCGCAGCCGGAUGUACGGGCAAGCCGGGGGGUUUUCUGCAGUUAUAGGGGCAGUACAAAUACUGGGAAGGAAAAAUUUUGGUGGCCCAAGUGAAUUUGCUAUCGCAAGAAUCACCGAAACCUUCAUUGGGUUAUCCUGUUCAAUCAUUGUAGAGGUUCUUUUGCAGCCUACCAGAGCUUCCACUUUAUCCAAAAUUCAGCUCUCUGCUAGUCUCGGGGCAUUGCACGAAUGUGUCCGAUCGAUAAGUCUUUCCACCCGAAAAUCCAGCUUGGGAGAAAACCAAAAGAAACUGAGAAUGCAAGUAAAUGAGCUAAAGCAGUUAAUUGGAGAAGCUCAAGAAGAACCCAACUUCUGGUUUUUGCCUUUUCAUGGUGCUUGCUAUGGUAAGCUCUUGAGGUCCUUGUCGAAGAUGGCGGAUCUCUUGCAUUUUGGGGAUAAUGCAAUAGGAUUCCUCGAAAAGGGAUCGGAUAUAUUCCAGGUUGCUUGGGAGGAAGUUGGAAGCAAGCUAGAUGGUGAUCUUGAGCUUUUUAAGGAAAUGGUAUGCUCUUCAAUGAAAUGCUUUGAGGAGGUGACUCUUGUCAAGUCACUCAAGGUACUUGAAAAGGAGCUUGAGAGGCAGAGCAUUGACAGUGAUAUCGAGUUUGGAAAAUCUUCAAACACGUGUCGUGUAUCGGGUUUGGACGAAGAUCAUGAGAUGGAGAAGAUCAUAACUUCUUAUCUUCACCAUUCAAAAGAGCUUGUUGAUAAAAAAGAUGCUGUUGUUGAAAGUGAUGAUCAUGAUGAAGAGCAAAAGAGCCAAGUCGUUUUAAGCCUGGGUGCGCUGGGGUUUUGCCUGUGGAGUUCAAUGAAGGAAUGCAGAGAAAUUGAGAAGGGAAUCAAAGAACUUGUUGAAUGGGAGAAUCCUUCAGUCCAUAAUAUAAACUUGUAUGAGAUCUCAUGUAAGCUGCGUGCUUCGCAGAGUUAAAUGUUCAGUGUAAUUGUAUCAAUAAAUUGGAAUUUUUGAUCUUCCCAGCUUGGAAAAUUAUAUUCCACCCUUCAUGUGGAAAGGAGGCACAUGUUGGGUUUUCCCUCCUUGUGGGGCGAUGCAUUGAAAAUGGGAGAGUUCUAAUUGGGUUUGUUGGCUUCCGUGGAGCAAAAUUUGGUGCAUGUCUGCGCAUGCCCAGGAAUUCCGGGUGAGUCUUUCUCCAGCCGCAGCAUUGAAUACAAAAGCAAGUGGCCGCCCCCAAUUUUUACCUCCACUCUCUGAUUUUCCA